UGUAUUUUCUCCUACCUAUGCUCCCCAUUUUGGUGGCAUCUGGGAGGCUGGAGUGAAAUCCGCAAAGUUUCACAUCAGGCGUGUUAUGGGCAAUUCGCAUUUAACAUACGAGGAGAUAGGCACCCUGUUUGCGCAAGUUGAAGCCAUACUAAAUAGCCGUCCCAUCUGUCCUAUGUCUUCGUCUCCAAAUGACCUUCAAUUCCUCACCCCGGGGCACUUUCUGCUUGGUCGGCCGCUAACCGCAUUGCCAUCACCGAAUCUCGUCGACUGCAAGGCUUCUAGUCUCCGACGUUACCAACGGCUCGAACAAAUUCGACAACAUUUUUGGAGAAGAUGGCAGCACGAGUACUUGGCAGAGCUACAACAGAGAACAAAGUGGCGCGUUCCUGACAUCCCUUUGAGGCUUGGAGACCUGGUGCUAUUGCAAGAGGAAAAUAUGCCACCACUGUGUUGGCGUGUAGGGCGCAUCAGUAAGCUGUUCCCUGGCGCUGACGGUGUAUGUCGCGUGGCGGACGUUCAAACGACUCGAGGGACCUUUCGAAGACCUUUCACACGACUAAGCCCUCUACCAGUAACAGAGAAUCAAACUGAGGGUUAAAAUCUGGUGAUUUUAACGGCGGGGAUGAUGUUCGCGC